UCUUCGAGCAGUCUCGCAACAAGUCUUCCCCUCACAGAGGGACUUGCUGCAGAGGAACAUCUGGACUUGGAUUUGACACCUGCCUCACAGCACACCAGAGCAUACUACCACACAACACGGUGCGCAGAAACAAGCAAGCGAGCAUGGCGUCCCGACACAGCAGCAGCAUGCUGCUGAGCGUGCUCUUACUCGGGGUUGUGCUCUGCAAUGAAGUUGCGGCGCAAGCGCCUCAGGCGGCGCAAGGGCCGGGGCCAUCACAAGCACCUCCGGCCACUCCUCCGGCGGCGACUCCUCCGGCGGCUACACCCCCAACGGCAUCUCCUCCCCCGGCCCCUACCCCUCCUCUAGCUCCCCCUCCCUCGUCGCCACCUCCGGCACCUCCUCUAGCUCCUCCCCCAGCUUCUCCCCCACUGGCACCGCCUCUAGCUCCCCCUCCCUCAUCCCCUCCACCGUCACCCCCUCUAGCUCCCCCUCCCUCGUCCCCGCCACCAUCACCCCCUCUAGCUCCUCCCCCAUCUUCUCCCCCACCAUCGCCUCCUCUAGCCCCUCCUCCAUCUCCCCCCCUGGCUCCCCCACCCCCGACCACUCCCCCACCACCUCCAAGCUCCCCUCCUCCACCCCCGAGCCCCUCCCCACCUCCCCCUCCUCCUCCUGCUACCCCCCCUCCCCCUCCUCUCGCCCCCACCCCAGCUCCUGCUCCAGCCCCCGUUCCAAGUGCACCGGUCGAUUCACCACAGACCGCCGGUGCAGGCGCCUCGAUGAUGAGCCCGUACACAUGGUCGGGUCUUGCGCUGGCCUCAGCCAUUGCUGUGGUACUAGCGUGAGCAGAAAUGGCAGAGUAGGAACCAGAAGGAACCAAGCGUAUGGAUCAAUUGAUAGGGCAGGAAACAGGCCAUUAGAAUUCAUCUAUUACUGAUAAUCAAUCAGCGUGCGUGCGCUCAAUAAGAAUCCUGUAACAUUAAGAAGCCCGGCAGACAGUUCAGACAGCUCUGUUCUGUUCUUAGAUUUUCAGUUGGCUUUGCACUAGCACAGGCAUUCCAGCCAUCACCAUUAAAGGUUCACAGAUUCAUUCAACUGAACAUACAACUCUGGCACGUAAGAUAUAUGGACGCCGUUAGGACUGUAGUUAGACUCUGACCAUGCUGGGUUCAACCUUCUUACGAUCGUGUACGACUUAAUUCACAUCAAGUUUUGGCGAUUCAUUCAUUAAUCAAUAAAGUCCAUACGACUUCAUCCGUCGGUAAAUUUGAUCACACCUGGACUUUGCCUCCGU